CCUAUAAACUCCAUUUCCUUUCUCUCUAAAACUCCACAACUUCUCAAAAAUGGAAGGGAAGGCAACACUUCCCCUUUUCUUCCUUUCCCUCGCCGCCAUUUUCCUCUCCCUCUCCUCCGCCCUCGAUCACCAGACCCUCCUCCUCAACCCCCUCCCCACCCCACCCACCACCCUCUCAUGGACAGACACUAUCUCCGAAUCCGAAACCGCCCAACUCGACCCCAACUCCCCCUCCGCCACCCCCACCCCAACCCCAAACACCUUGUCCGUACAGUUACACCACAUUGACGCCGUGGCGCUUAACAAAACCCCCACCCAACUCUUCAACCUCCGCCUCCAGCGCGACGCCUUCAGGGUCAAGACGCUGACCUCCCUUGCCGCCUCCCCAAACAGAACCACAAGAGGCGGCGGUCGCGUGCCUAUUAGGGGCUUCAGCAGCUCCGUUGUCUCCGGACUCUCGCAGGGCAGCGGCGAGUACUUCACGCGCCUCGGCGUGGGCACGCCUCCCAGGUACGUCUACAUGGUCCUCGACACCGGAAGCGACGUCGUGUGGCUCCAGUGCGCCCCCUGCAGGCGCUGCUACAAACAGAGCGACCCGAUUUUCGACCCGAGAAAAUCCAGAUCCUUCGCCACAAUCCCUUGUGGGUCCCCUCUGUGCCGGAAACUGGACUCCCCCAGUUGUAAUUCCAAGAAGACCUGCCUGUACCAAGUCUCCUACGGGGACGGCUCCUUCACUUUCGGGGAGUUCUCCACUGAAACGCUGACGUUUCGCGGCACCAAAGUGGGACGCGUGGCAAUCGGAUGCGGUCACGACAACGAGGGCCUGUUCGUCGGCGCGGCGGGGCUGUUGGGGCUCGGCCGGGGGAAGUUAUCAUUUCCCGCCCUGACCGGCUCCCGAUUCAACCGGAAAUUCUCCUACUGUCUUGUGGACCGGUCCGCUUCUUCCAAACCAUCCUCGGUCGUCUUCGGUGACUCCGCCGUUUCCCGGACCGCCCGGUUCACUCCCCUCCUCGCGAACCCUAAACUCGACACGUUUUACUACGUCGAGCUCAUCGGUAUCAGUGUCGGCGGGACACGUGUCCCGGGAAUCACGGCAUCGCUGUUCAAACUUGACCGGGCAGGAAACGGAGGGGUCAUUCUCGAUUCGGGCACUUCCGUGACCCGAUUAACCCGACCCGCUUACAACGCUCUCCGCGACGCUUUCCGGGCCGGUACUUCUGGUCUGAAGCGGGGGCCGCAGUUCUCCCUAUUCGACACGUGUUUCGACUUGUCCGGAAGGACCGAAGUCAAAGUCCCCACCGUGGUGCUGCAUUUCCGAAACGCCGACGUUUCACUGCCGGCAACGAACUACCUGAUCCCAGUGGACAGCAGCGGCAGCUUCUGCUUUGCUUUCGCGGGCACGAUGGGCGGGCUGUCCAUAAUCGGUAACAUCCAGCAGCAAGGUUUCCGGGUCGUGUAUGACCUGGCAGGCUCCCGGGUCGGGUUUUCUCCACGCGGGUGCGCAUAAUUAAUUUUGGUAGCGGCGUGAUGGGAAACGAAAAAAAACCCAAUUUCCCUGAUUUUUAUUUUUGGCUUUCGGCUUUUGGCUUUUUUAUUUAUUUUUAAUUUGAUAUGAAAUGAAAGCAGGAACAGCAAACCUUCGUUGCUGGAAUUAGAGGUGUUUUGUGUUGGUUAGCUUAUUACAGGUUACAAGUUACAAUGUUCACGUGGUGUUUAUUUUUAUGUAAUAUCUACUGCUAAAUUAUUACUCUCUAAUAUAUAAAAGGGUAAUUCAAUUAAA